GCCAUCACUGUCGGAGCUACAACUAUUGGUGGUAUAUGGUCCUCUUAUGAUGACAGAUCAUCUUUCUCCAACUACGGCAGCUGUGUCGAUAUCUUCGCUCCAGGUUCUGACAUCACCUCAACAUGGCACAGCAGCAACACUGCCACCAACACCAUCAGUGGCACCUCCAUGGCUUGUCCACACGUCUCUGGUGUCGCAGCAGUUCAUCUAGGCAACGGUGUCAGCAGAAGAAAUGUCAGGUCUAAGAUCUUGAGUGAUGCCACCUCUGGAGUUGUCAGCAACGCUGGAAGUGGUUCUCCAAACCUCAUGCUUUAUUUGGCUUAA